CUCUGCUCUCUUUCUUUCUCGCAUUCACACACUCACACACACUGGUCUGCACCUUGUUCAGGAUGCCUUCCUCCUCCAGCAUGAUUAGCUGGGGAAGGACGCGGCUCUUGUGGUGAUUGGAGGGGGGAGCGGCGCGGAGCUGGACCCAUGUCGUGGAAGCGGAACUACUUUGCUUCAGGCAGCAGCGGGCUGCAGGGGAUGUUUACCCCACGCACCAUGACCUCCAUCGCUCCAAGCAAAGGCCUGAGCAAUGAGCCGGGUCAGAACAGCUGCUUCCUAAACAGCGCACUGCAGGUCCUUUGGCAUCUCGACAUCUUCCGCCGAAGCUUCCGGCAACUGAACACCCACAAGUGCAUGGAGGACUCGUGCAUCUUCUGCGCUCUGAAGAGCAUCUUUGCCCAGUUCCAGUUCAGCAGUGAGAAGGUGCUCCCAUCGGACGCUCUGCGCAGCGCUCUGGCCAAAACCUUCCAAGACGAGCAGCGCUUCCAGCUGGGCAUCAUGGACGACGCGGCCGAGUGUUUCGAGAACCUCCUGAUGCGGAUCCACUUCCACAUCUCGGAUGAGACCAAGGAGGACAUCUGCACAGCCAAGCACUGCAUCCCACAUCAGAAGUUUGCCAUGACACUUUUCGAACAGUGUGUUUGUAAUAAUUGUGGAGCCACAUCGGAUCCUCUCCCCUUCAUUCAGAUGGUGCACUACAUCUCCACCACCUCUCUCUGUAACCAAGCUGUGCGAAUGCUGGAAUGUAAGGAGAAGCCCACGCCUGACAUGUUUGGAGAGCUUCUCCGCAACGCCAGCACCAUGGGCGACCUGCGAAACUGUCCGAGUAACUGUGGUGAGAUGUUACGGAUUCGGAGGGUUCUGAUGAACUGCCCGGAGAUCAUCAGCAUCGGCCUGGUGUGGGACUCGGAUCACUCUGAUCUAGCUGAAGACGUCAUCCACAGCCUGGGCACGUGCCUGCGAUUGGGUGAUCUGUUCUACCGUGUGACAGAUGAGAGGGCCAAACAAUCGGAGCUCUACCUUGUGGGCAUGGUUUGCUACUACGGCAAGCAUUACUCCACCUUCUUCUUCCAGACCAAGAUACGCAAGUGGAUGUACUUCGAUGACGCACAAGUGAAGGAGAUUGGACCUAAGUGGAAGGAUGUGGUGUCGAGAUGUAUAAAAGGCCACUACCAGCCACUUCUGCUGCUGUAUGCUGACCCCCGAGGGACACCCGUGUCAUCGCAAGACAUUCUGGCAGCGCAGCUGGACCUGCACCACAGUAGCAAGGCCGGCUAUGACAGCGAAGACUCCGGGAGGGAGCCCUCAAUUGCAAGUGACACACGCACAGACUCUUCCACAGACAGCUACAGCUACAAGCACUCACGUUCACACCAUGAGUCCAUGGCCUCCCAUUUCUCUUCUGACUCUCAGGGAACAGUGGUGUGUAAUCAAGACAGCAGCGGUUCCCAGAACAGCAUGGACACUGCAGGGGAGGUUCUUAAAGACCAGGCCACUCCCCUUUGUACGCCGAGGCCCUCUUCUACUGGCCAUCUGCAGGACUAUAAAGAGACUGUGAAUAUGAUCCACAGCAGACCCCUCUCAUCCUCCUCUAGCUCAGGGGUGGGCGGCUCGGAGGCUGGGGCGCGGGCGAGAGAUUGGGAAGACGAGAGCACCAGCAGCGAGUCCAAGUCCAGCUCCAGUGGAGGGUGCUAUCGGCCCACAUGGAGACCCAGAAGAGAGGCCCUGAACAUUGACAGUAUCUUCAGCCGGGAAAAGCAUCGGCCAGCCGGCUACGCCAUGCUCGGACCUUCCCCGCUGCCGGAAGACCCGAUGUCACCAGGGCACAGUGAGCUGGUCUCAGGGGCUGCUGCGGAGGGGUCAAACACUGCAGCAGCAGAGAUGGGGGGCAUGACCGAUGGCUCAGGGGGCGUGCCAGAAACGGAAGUGGAGCAUCUACCGAUCCCGCCACCUUUAAGAGGUGUGGAACAGCAGCCUCGGCUGAUCCAGAGGAUGGAGAGUGGCUACGAAAGUAGUGAGAGGAACAGCAACAGCCCCAUCAGCAUGGACAUGCCCCUCAGCGACAACCCAAGCACCAGUGCUCACAGGGACAGCGGCAGUAAGAGACCUGUGACUUCUGGGCCCUCCUGGCGCACAGUGCCCAAGUCCAAAAGCAGCAGUGCCAUCCUGCAAGACCUCAAAUCACCCACCUGGAGCAGCAGUCCACUGAGUUUGGGAGAGGGGCGCAGCGAGCUGGAUGAAUUGCAAGAGGAAGUUGCUCGCAGGGCCAGGCAGCAGGAGCUCCAGAGGAAGAAGGAGAAGGAGAGAGAAGCAGCGCAGGGCUUCAACCCCAGACCCAGCAAGUUCAUGGACCUGGACGAACUUCAGCACCAGGGGAAGGGGGGCAGUUUUGAGCACUGCCUGGCGGAGGCUGACUCUCUCUUAGAGCAGUCACUGCGCCUGGAGCAAGCUGGGGAUACAGCUACAGCCCUGGCGCUCUCCCACCAUGCUGUGUCUAAACUAAGAUUUUCCAUGCAUGAGGGCAGUGCUAACACUCAUAGCAGGACUAUGGCUGCUGACGCCAAGCUGCAAAAAUGCAUGAGGAGAGCGCGGGGCCUACAGCAGCGCAUGCAGCAACAGCAAGAGCAGCAGCAGGAGCCCAGCCGCCCACAGGGGCCCACCAGUGAACAGCCUGGCCCGGUCCAAGUAUUGUUGACAGCCAAUCAGGAAGAGGUCUGGGAGACCAAUCAGGAUUCUGUGCUUGGCCCACCCUCUCCUCAACACAUGAAAUCACCCUCCUCUUGUACAAACUCCCCAUCUCAGCCUUCUAGCCACCCAUCGCUCAAUCCCCGGCCUGCCUCUUCUCAGCCACAGCCCCAAGAGCGUGAUGAACACAACAAUUGGACAACCCAGAAUGAGGACGAAUGGGGUGGCAUCAGAUUAUCAGAUGUUCUCCAAGCAUCAGGCAUUCGGAUCAUGCCCAUACGCAAGCACCUUGCCAUAUCUCUGCCCUCUUUGCCCCUUGACUUCUGGGGUGUAUUGGGAGAGGACGAAGAGGUCUCCAGCUGUCAGCACCCUCAAUCUCCAAAUCCUCCUUUGUGGCAGGGCACUGCAGAUAGUCCAGACCAGAUACCCCAAUCCAGCAAUCCCAGUCCACCACCCGCCCCUGUUGAGGAGAAGGGGCCAGUGCCCCGAAGAGCCCCCAUAUGGCAACCCCUGUGUGCAUCUUCCCAGCCCUGCACCAAAUUGACCCCUCCAGUUGCUGCCCGUCAUUGGUCCUCUUGGAGCCUAGACCGUCCUGAUGCUGUUGUCAACCCCUAUGACACACCUCCUGAUCAGAACCAGCAGACAGGACCUGCCCUCUCUCAACACACACCUGGAAGACACCUUGCUCCUCACAGUCCCAUGAGCACCAGGAAGAAGAACAUCCCUAAGUACUCAAACUUUCAGAGCAGGGAGUUGGAACCCACAGAGGCUGAGGACCAGGAACUCUCUGAAUUGGACUCACUUUACCAGUCUAGUCUGCAGGCUGGCCCGGGUCCUGGCCGAGCCCUGCGUGGUACCAGCUCACCUGCUGUUUCGAGACCAGUACCUCCUGCUGCACGAAAGCUGCUCACUGGAGUCGGACGCUCUCGGACCCCCACGGCUGAACUUGAGAGAACCGCUUAUGGACCACCAGGUUGUUGCAGCCCUACUGGAUAUAUGAACAUGCCCCUGUCAGUGGCCCAUCAAGAGCCUCAGUCAGGAGAGGAAGACCAGUAUGAUGCGGAUCACCUGCGCCGUAUUGCUCGCAGCCUGAGUGGAACGGUCAUUGGCCGUCGCCAAAACCGUCUUGCCGUCUCCCGAAGCUUCGUGGCAAUGGUGCAGGAUGUUCGACAUCCUUUCCCCACAGUGGAUGUUCCAGACCAUGCUCACUACACCAUCGGCUCUGUCAUUCUGGCAGUGGGCAUCACCGGCAUGGUGGGAAACUUCUUGGUCAUGUAUGCCUUCUGCAAGAGUAGGAGUCUGAGAACACCUGCCGACAUGUUCAUCAUUAAUCUAGCUGUCACUGACUUUCUGAUGUGUGUCACUCAGAUGCCAAUCUUCUUCACCACCAGUUUGCACAAGCGAUGGAUCUUUGGGGAAAAAGGUUGUGAGUUAUAUGCAUUCUGCGGCGCUCUGUUUGGUAUCUGCUCAAUGAUCACACUCAUGAUUAUUGCAGUAGAUCGAUACUUUGUGAUCACUCGUCCUUUGGCCUCUAUUGGUGUUAUGUCACGCAAACGAGCCCUGUUGAUACUCUCUGCUGCUUGGGUGUACUCUAUGGGCUGGAGCCUGCCUCCGUUCUUUGGAUGGAGUGCGUAUGUCCCUGAAGGUCUGCUGACAUCCUGUUUGUGGGAUUACAUGACUUUCAGUCCUUCUGUACGAGCCUACACAAUGCUGCUCUUUACUUUUGUUUUCUUCAUCCCCCUUUUUGUCAUCAUGUAUUGCUACUUCUUCAUCUUCAGGGCCAUCCGAGAUACCAACAGAGCUGUGGGAAAAAUCAAUGGAGAAGGAGGACCCAGAGACUCUAUCAAGAAGAUGCAUCGAAUGAAGAAUGAAUGGAAGAUGGCAAAGAUAGCACUCAUAGUGAUCCUUUUGUAUGUCAUCUCCUGGUCUCCGUAUUCCUGUGUGGCUCUUACUGCUUUUGCUGUCUACAUGAACUCUGUGCCUGCUGUGAUUGCCAAAGCAUCCUCCAUCCACUACCCAAUCAUCUAUGCCAUCACUCACCCCAAAUACAGGUCUGCCAUUGCAAAGUAUAUACCAUGUCUGGGAGUCCUGCUGUGUGUGCCUCGUAGAGACCGGUUCAGCAGCAGUAGCUUUAUGUCCACACGACGCUCCACAUUGACAAGCCAGACCUCAGAGACCAGCAGCAACCUGCACCGUGCCGGGAAGACACGCUUGUCCUCUGUGUCUGACAGCGAGUCGGGCUGGACGGACACAGAGGCCGAUCUCUCCAGCGUGAGUUCACGCCCUGCUAGUCGUCAGGUCUCAUCUGACAUCCGUAAAGAUUUGUCAGACUUCAAGUACACCAGCUCUCUGAGGCUGAAGGUCAAGAGCAGAGACUCGGGUAUCUUCGACAGAACCUCUGCCCAGAGUCUAACUGAGCCAAACUUGAACCGGACCUGUACAUACAUCAGCGCAAAUAUGGUCUCAGAGAACGUUGAUGAGAAAAGACCGUUGGCUCGGAUCCCUUCCAUCAUUGUGACGACAGAGUCCAGUCCUGCCCUCCUCUCAGAAGGUCGCAGCGGCGGCCCAUCCAGACAGCUCCCAGGUGCUUCGGUGGAGGCAGCCUCUGUCACUGCGAAAGCUGCUGGGAUUGACUGAAUAUGGGCUGCACUACCACUUAUUUAAACUUCAGGACACCAUCUUAACUGACUCUUGGACAUCUGACUUAUCCCUUCUUCCUUUUUGUCUCCUUUACACAGGGCUCAAAAAUGAACCUGCAUGCAAUUACAGCUGACACCUGAAAUUUGGCUGCAUUGUAUUUGUUGUACUUUUGCCUGUUUUGAGAUGAAAAAUGGGCAACCACAGGCUACGGGGUAAACAGGGUCAUUAUUUUUACAGGACACCCUUUAAGGCUUCUUUCAGUGGUGUGGAGAUAAUCCUCUCCUCUCAGGGAAGAAUAUGACAGUUCUGUGGGGAAAGCAGCGAUCAGUGUCUCAGUUAUGGAUUGACACUGCUCAGAAUAUGUAUUCAGAUACAUCCAUCCCUGUUUCAUCCAUAAAAAGGUUGUGCUGUAGGCCAUAGGAAUAAACAGUUCCCUGCGUCUGCACAAGAUCAAAAACAACACAAUGUGACGUGAAGAUUCAAACGCCUAGUUUUUACAUAGCCAGAAAUUUUGUUCUAUGAAAGGUAGAGCCUUGUCUACAGGUGUAAUCACUCUAGGACAGAAAAGUUGAUAUUUUAAUGUUUCUUUAAAGGUCAAG